AUGGCUCCGACGACGGCAAACCCAUUCUCGAACCGCAACUCAAUGUCGGUGGACAUGAUUCCCACUGCUGGUUCGUUUCCGCAUUUUGCGAGCCGGUUUAUUGAUCCGGCUGUUGGGUUCUCGCUCGCUAUAAGCUAUGGAUAUUGUUAUACCAUAUCUAUUGCUGCCGAGUGCUCUGCAUCCGCGAUCCUGGUGGGCUAUUGGACCGACAUGUCGCCUGCCGUUGUCAUCUCCAUCAGUCUGGUUCUUAUCCUGGCUACCAACUUACUGAGUGUACGUUGGUUUGGUGAAUCUGAAGUCGUCGCUGGUGCAAUCAAGAUUGCAUGCUUCCUCGGUCUCAUUCUGGUUUCCAUCGUCAUUACCUCCGGAGGAGCGCCAAACGGUGAAACAAUUGGCUUCCGCUACUGGAACAAUCCAGGCGCAUGGGUGGACUACAACGGCAUCUCUGGGCCAACAGGUCACUUCUUAGGAUUCCUGGCCUCGUUCGUCAACGCAGCGUUCUCCUUCAUUGGUGUCGAGGUGGUAGUCAUCACCGCUGCGGAGAGCAUCAACCCACACUCGGCCAUUCCGAAGUCUGCCAAAAGGGUCACAUUCCGCAUCGCCCUUUUCUACAUCCUAGGCGCUCUUUUGAUUGGAAUAAUCGUCGACCCGAGGAACCCUGGUCUCGUGUCAGGUACUGGAAACGCCAACUCAUCGCCGUGGGUUAUCGCGAUCAAACAAGCUGGUAUCAGCGUCCUUCCUUCAAUCGUCAACGCCUGCAUCCUCAUCUCGGCCUGGUCGGCAGGAAACUCAUACUGCUGGGUCGGUUCCCGAAUCAUCGUCGCCAUGACCACAGAUCGCCAGCUUCCACAAAUCUUCGGCCGCACCUGGAAAAACGGAGUGCCAUACUACGCGGUUCUUGCGUCUUGGCUCUUUGGACCUCUGGCCUAUCUCAGUCUGGGCGAGGGAGGAGCAGCACAAGCUUUCGGAUGGCUAGUGAGUCUCAGCACAGUCGCAGGCUUGAUCGCCUGGGCUACAUUGUGUUUCUGCUUCAUCCGCUUCCAUGCUGCCAUGAAAGCGCAAGGACUUAGCCGGGAUAGCUUGCCGUGGAAGAGCCCCUUCCAACCUUUUACCGCGUGGUAUGGUUUCAUCGGAUCCACUAUUAUUACGUUGAUCACUGGUUUCCCUGUCUUCCUGAAGGGGAACUGGAGUACGGGUGACUUCAUCGCCUCGUAUAUUGGCAUACCGCUUUUCAUCGUGCCGAUCAUCAUCUGGAAGUUGGUGCAUAAGACGAAGUUCGCUCGUGCUAAUACCAUCGAUCUGCAUUCUGGGCGUCUCCGGUGA